CCAUAUUCUCCUACUUGCUUUCAACCAAUCCCUGCGGGUUUUCCAAUGCAAGUGUGUUUGAAAUCGGCUUUCAUAUAUGGUCGGUACGGUCGGUCGACUUGUCUGUUAAAUGAGUUGUAUGUGUGACAACCGUGUGGUGCGUUUAACUGCAACCCGUAUUUAUUCCUACAAUUAGAGUGUAUGAAUUAGAUACAAUUAGUCAUUUUCGAUGUAAAUGUUAGUGUCAGAUCAAUAGUUUCGUAUUUUUUACGUUUAUUACUUAUAGAAGAAUUGAACGGUGCUGAGCAGUGACAAUGGAAGAAGGAAAUGAAUAUUUAAAACUGCCAAUUGAUGAACAGUGUGUUCACAAGUUAUGGAAGGCUAGAGUGCAUGGCUAUGAAGAAGCUGCAAAAUUAUUCCAGCAGCUGGAUGAUGAAAAAUCUCCUGAAUUUUCCAAAUAUCUUGGUUUGGUAAAAAAAUUUGUUAUUGAUAGCAAUGCAGUCGCUCAGGAAAAAGGUCUUGAAGCUGUACUUGCUUUUGUGGAAAACUCAGCUAUGGCUGGAAAAACUGUUGGAGAAGUAAUGAAUGGUAUUGUGAGCAAGUGCAUUGCAGCUCCAAAAGCAAAAACAAAAGAAUUAGCUGUUCAAGUAACUCUAAUGUAUAUAGAAAUAGAAAAGUAUGAAGCUGUUCAGGAAGAGUUACUUAAAGGCAUGGAACACAAGAAUCCUAAAAUAAUGGCAGCUUGUGUGACUGCAAUGACUUUGGCAUUGAGGGAAUUUGGAAUUAAAAUAAUAAACAUAAAACCAUUAGUUAAGAAAGUACCAGUGUUGUUGGAAGAUAGAGAUAAAGGAGUAAGAGAUGAAGGGAAAGCGAUGGUAAUUGAAAUGUACAGAUGGAUAGGUGCAGCUCUUCAACCACAACUUAAGGAUUUAAAACCUGUACAGGUUACAGAAUUGGAGGCUGAGUUUGAAAAAGUGAAGGGAGAAAGAGCUGUGCCAACUCGCUACAUAAAAUCUCAGCAACAGAAACAAGCGGCUCUUGUUGCGAGUGGUGGGGGUGGGGAUGGUGAUGAUGGAGAUGGAAAUGAUGCUUGUGAUGCACCAGAGGAAAUUGAUCCUUAUGAUUUAAUGGAGCCUGUUGAUAUUUUGUCAAAACUACCAAAAGAUUUUUAUGAGAAAGUGGAGAGUAAAAAAUGGGCAGAGCGUAAAGAAGCCAUGGAGGCUUUGGAGCAGUUGCUUCAAGCUCCAAAGUUAGAGAGUGGAGAUUAUGGUGAUUUGGUUAGAGCUUUAAAAAAAAUAAUUACCAAAGACACCAAUGUAAUGGUAAUAGCUCUUGCAGCAAAGUGCCUGGCAGCUUUAGGGAAUGGCCUGAAAAAACGGUUCCAGCCAUAUGCAAGUGCCUGCAUUCCAGCUAUUUUAGAAAAAUUUCGUGAAAAGAAACAGAAUGUUGUAAUUGCAUUGAAAGAAGCUAUUGAUGCUGUUUUUAUUAGUACAACUAUUGAAGCCAUUCAGGAAGAUGUCCUAGCUGCAUUAGAAAACAAGAAUCCAUCUGUGAAGGCAGAAACUGCAGCAUUUCUUGCUAGAUGUUUUACAAAAUGUACACCGGCUGUACUGAAUAAAAAGAUUUUAAAAGCCUAUACUACUUCAUUGCUGAAGCUUCUAAAUGAUCCUGACCCUACUGUUCGUGAUAAUUCUGCAGAAGCCCUUGGUACAGCUAUGAAAGUUGUUGGUGAGAAAGUUAUUAAUCCUUUCAUGGCUGAUAUUGAGGCUAUUAAAAAGACCAAGAUCAAAGAGUGUUGUGAUAAGGCUGUGAUAGUUGCUAAAGUUCCCGUUCCAAAGGCUAAUGAUCGUCCAAAUACUGCACCUGCUACAGUAAACAGAAAUGACGCAGAGCCCACCAGUAACACCGGAAGUGCCCCAAAAGCAACUAAAAGGGCGGUUACUUCAGCUGCACCAAAGAAAGCAGCUCCCAAGAAACAGGCAGCUAGUACAGGGGCCAAAACUGAAAAGAUAGAGCGAGAGAUGACAAUUGAAGAAGUAGAACAAAAAGCUGCAGAAAUUUUCCCUGAAGAUGUUCUUUCUGGAUUGUGUGAUACUAACUGGAAGACACGAUUAAGUAGUGUUGAGACUUUUGUCCAGGUUAUUAAUGGAAUGGAGCCAAGUGAGAUACCAUCACAAGUGAUGAUUCAGGUACUAAAUAAGAAACCUGGUUUAAAGGAUACUAAUUUCCAAGUUCUGAAAGCACGCUUAGAAGCUCUGAAACUCUUGGCUGAAGUAUCUAAACUUUCAAGCACAAGUGUGGAAUUAUGUGUGGUUGAUGUUGCUGAGAAGUUAGGAGACCCCAAAAAUGGUGUAUUGGCAGCUGAAGUUCUCACUUCUUUAGCAGAAGCAUCAAAGUUGGACCUUGUUGGAACUUUGGUGCUUGAUUUUGCUUUUAAUCAGAAGAGUCCUAAAGUACAACAAGAAGCAUUGAAUUGGCUUUCUAAUGCUAUUAGAGAAUUUGGACUUGUGAUUCAACCAAAAAAAAUCAUAGAUAAAGUGAAGAAGGCAUUAGCUGCAACUAUGCCUGCUGUUCGAACCGCAGGAAUUCAGUUUGUUGGUACACUAUAUGUUUAUAUGGGAUCGCAGCUGACAAUGUUGUUUGAAAAUGAAAAGGCCUCGCUGAGGCAGCUAAUUCAAGCAGAAUUUGACAAGCAUGCGGGAGAGAGUCCUCCCAUCCCUACAAGAGGUGCUUCGAGAAAUGUUAGUGAAGAUCAAGAUGAAGAUGGCUCUAGUGAACAGUUACAAGAACAGCAAAUGAACGUACGAGAAUUAAUGCCACGUGUAGACAUCAGCUCGCAUAUUACAGAAUCAUUGUUGGAAGAAUUAAAAGAUAAAAACUGGAAGGUACGAAAUGAAGCCUUUCAGAAGUUAGAAAAUAUUCUUAAAGAGAAUAAAUUUGUUACCAGCAAUUUGGGAGAGUUGCCACCUGUUCUUGCACAGCGGAUUUUGGAUAGUAACAGCAAUAUAGCUAAAACUGCUAUUGCAUUUAGCCAAACAUUGGGAAUUGCUAUGGGAUCUCAGUGCAAAAAUCAAGUACAUGUAAUUUUCCCAUCUCUUCUUCAGAGUCUUAGUGAUAAUAAGCAAUGGAUACGUUCUGGAGCUGUUUCUUGUAUGAAUGCUUGGGGUGAGCAAUGUGGAUUUAAGGAGUUCUUCAAAAAUGAAAUGAUUGCUGAUGUUUUGAAGUCUGAUAGCCCAAAUCUCAGGACAGAAUUAUGGGGAUGGUUGGCUGAAAAAUUGACAGAUUUGCCUCCAAAAAGUAUACCAAAAGAAGAAUUACUACUUUGUUUACCACAUCUAUAUGCAAAUUUGGAAGACAGAAAUGCUGAUGUACGGAAAAAUGCUCAAGAAUGUAUCCUGCCAUUUAUGCUGCACUUAAAUUACACAACUAUGGCAAAAGCUACUGAAAAAAUGAAGCCAGCAUCCAAAAGUACAAUUGUUGGACUUCUUGAGAAAGUACGAGGUAGUGUUCCCCUAAAGCAACCCUCUGCACCUGCUAAAAAUGUAAGUGAAGAUGAAAAUACCAAAACGGUGAAAACAGCUGGAGCCAAAGCAGCUGCAGCAAACAAAACUGCUGGGAAAGGGAAGCCUGCUGCCAAAGCAGGUUCACGGAAGAAAGAUGAUGAAGCAGAUACAUCUCCUGUCCUUCAGAAUAAUAAUAUGAAGCAUCAAAGAACCAUUGAUGAACAGAAACUCAAGGUAUUAAAAUGGAAUUUUACUACACCACGAGAAGAAUUUGUUGAGUUACUGAAAGACCAAAUGACAAAUGCAGGAGUUAAUAAAAGUCUUCUAGCUAAUAUGUUUCAUUCAGACUUUAGGUAUCACCUAAAGGCAAUUGAUACCCUAAAUGAGGACCUACCAGGAAAUGGGGGAGCUACUAUGGCAAAUCUUGAUCUAAUAUUAAAAUGGAUGACUCUCAGAUUUUUUGAUACGAAUCCAUCAGUUCUCAUUAAAGGCUUAGAGUACCUUCAGCUUGUCUUUACCAUGUUGAUAGAGGAAGAAUAUAAUAUGUAUGAAAAUGAGGCAGCUUCUUUUAUCCCUUAUCUGAUUCUAAAGAUUGGUGAUCCAAAGGAUGCCGUUCGGAAUAGUGUUAGAGGAUUAUUUAAACAAAUGGAGAAAGUGUAUCCAUUAACUAAGCUGUUUGGAUAUAUAAUGGAAGGAUUAAAAUCUAAAAAUGCCAGACAGAGAACUGAGUGUUUAGAUCUCCUUGGUUCCUUAAUUGAAGUGUAUGGAGUUAGUGUUUGCAAUCCUUCACCUUCUGCAGCUCUCAAAGAAAUUGCUAAACAGAUAUCAGAUAGAGAUAAUUCUGUAAGAAAUGCUGCUUUAAAUUGUGUCGUUCAGGCAUACUUCUUGGAAGGUGAAAAAGUUUACAAAAUGAUUGGCCAGGUAUCUGAUAAAGAUUUAUGCCUACUAGAAGAAAGGAUAAAGAGAGCUGCUAAAAACAGACCUGCCCGACCUUCUGUAGCAGUAUCCAAGACUCAGCAGGUGCCACAACAGCAACAAGUUCAACAGCCGGUUGAAUCCCCACCUUCUUCAAAAGUAGACAUGGAUGAAAAUAAUCAAGAGGAUUAUUCAGAUAAUGAAGAAGUUGCCCCUGUUCCUGUAAUGAGGAAUAUUGUGCCAAAACCCAGGCCUGUGUCGGGGCCAUUUGGUUUGGAUUCAAAGCUUCUGGAACAGAUAGAAAAAGAAACUUUAGAUCUUAGUGCUCCAAAACUAGAAAAUUUUGAUCUGGCAGAAAUUUGGGAGUCACCAGUCAACAUUCCCAAGACAGCUUUCUGUGGAUUGGGUGCCAAACGUGACAGUUCUCUACCUACUGCUUUGAUAACUGCCCAACCUAGACAAUUGGAUGACUGCACUACUUCCAGCCAAGUUGUCGAUUUGGCAAUAGCAAAAGUGGCUAGUUCCGACUUAAAUGAAGCAUGGCAAGCAAAUGUUCAAAUGGAAGAAAUGCUUAAUUCUGACAGAGCAAACUUGCUUCUUGGGAGGGAAGAUAGUUUGAUAAAGUCAUGUUGUGUGCAACUUAAACUUCUGUAUGGAAAUUUUGAUCAUGAUGCAAACUUGCCUAAGGGGUAUAGAACUCUUUUGAUGCUCAUUAUCGAGUUCUUCGAUCAUAAAAAUUUGGGCAACAAUGUGUCCGAAGAUGCUCUAAUUGAACUAGUGGAAAACCUUCUGGUGUUGUUAGUGUCUGGACGCGUUGAAUCAUUUGGAGAAGGGCAUUGUUAUGUUCGUAUUCUUAACACAAUUUUGCUACGAAUUAUUCAAUUUGCCAAUCCUACAAAUACUACUUGCACAUUCCUUCAAAUUCUUCACAAAUGUGCUGGCAGUAAUAAUUUGCCUGCUCGUUUUGAAGAAUUAACUUUGAAAUGCUUGUGGAGACUUAUUAAAUUUUUACCUGAUUGGGAAGGAGAAUUGGAUAUUUUAAUGGUUCUGCAAAAAAUCCAUAAUUUUCUAAAGGAUUAUCCUUCUUCGGUGUGGAAGAAACGUGAAUGUGAUAACCCUAUUCGAACUGUAAAAACAAUCUUGCACACUAUUACUAAAAUGGUGGGUGGUGAAAGAAUCCUUCAGUAUGUGACUCGCAUUGACAAUUUAAGUGAAUCAGAGUUGCAGCCUUAUCUUCACAGAUUGGUGAAGAAAAUUAAAGUUGAGGAAUCUAAAAGUAAAUCUAAGAAACCCCCUCAUAGAUUAUCGAAAGUAACUCAUGAGCAGUUGUCAGAGAUUUUUAAGAAGAUAGGAGCAAGGGAGACUUCCCAAGAGGGUUUAGAAUUACUUUAUGACUUCAAAGAACAGCAUCCAGAAGCUGACGUUGAGCCUUUCCUAAAGAAAUCUUCCCAAUUUUUUCAAGAUUAUAUUGAAAGAAAUCUGAAGAUAAUAGGUGAAAAAAGAAAAGCAAAUGAUGAUAACUGAAUGCAAGAAUCAGGUGGCCCUGGAACACCAUUUAGUGAAGCAGGUGAUGCUACAAUUCUGCCCCGAGCAGCUUUUGUGGAUCACAGAAAUAUUCAUUCUCACAUGCGUGAAGGAGACUCUGAACAAGGUACCAAGGGGGCUGAGUAUUAUUUAGAAAGGUUACGUACUCUUCAAGCUCAAGCUGGAAUUAAUCCAAGUUCAGCUUUGGAUGCUUUGAAAAUGCAGAAUAACCUUGGCCAAGGACAAAUUACUCAUGAUCAGGAUUUGAACAAGCAGCAGAUUCAGGAUGACUUGGAAAUGCUUCAAGCUCAGGCACAUAAUACCAUGAGCCAUGCUGGAGACAACGUGUCAGCAACUGGUAUUGAAUCACUUCGCAAGCGUCUUCAAGUGUUUAAGACCUCUAAAUGAUAAAAACGUUUCUUGACUCUUGAUUGCAUCUACUUCCAUAAGUAUCCAGGUAGCAGCCUGCCAUGUCUUGUACAGGUUUCGUUUCUCAGUAAUAAGUCUAGGAAGAUUUUAAUUUAUGUUCCAUAGAAUUUUACUCACUGUUACUCAGAAAGUGCUAUUACAUUAUUAAUAUUCACAUUGACCUUCUAUUAAUAAUUUUUUCACUCAAUGCAGCAAAGACCAAACUUUCAAAUUACCCAUUUUAAUGAGUUGGAUAAGAACUUUACUAAAUUUUUGAUGACUUUUGUGUGAUGUACUUAGUGUGGUUAAUAAUGUAUUAAAGAUCCAUAGAUAGUAAUCCCAUUUAUGUUCAAAGAGACAAGUGCAAUUUGUUGUAAUAGAUACUUAUGAGGAAUAAUCAUAAACAAAUGUGAGUGCGUAUUGUGAUCAUAUUGUUUAUGCCUCAAGAAGUUGGUUGUGACAGAGAACCCGCUUCCCUGUUGGUUUGGACCAUAAAUAGAAGGUUUGAGUAGCAUUGUAUAAGACUGACUUUUGACUGUAAUAAGAUAUCACUCUAAUCUUCUUCUACACAAGAUUAAACUGAAAUCUUAUUACUUUAACAACAAACACAUUAAAGUAUUGAAGCAGGGUUUUGCUCAUGUUUUAUAAUAUAUUUCUCGCCUCAUUGAUCUGCUUCAAUUUUAAUUUUUUAAAUGUUUGUAUUCCUGUGUUCAUAUGUCUGCGCCCAAAUAUUAUUCUUGUAAAUAAAAAAAGUGUAAUUUUGCUUUCUUUGUAUAAGUCAGUGCCAGCUUGAAAGGGUUUUCAAUGCCUGCAGGAUAGGCUGAAACGUUUUUGUGGGCACCUGCUUUUUAUUACUUUUUAUAAGAAAAUAAGUUAAUGCUAAUACAAAUAAGAGAAAGGUCUUCACCAGUUUUCUGUCUGCUUCAGUUCCUAUCCAGUUUAAUUUUUUUAUCCUUAAGUUUGUUGCAAGAGGACAUUUCAGAGGUAAUAACUGAAAUGAUGUUGAAAUGCUCUCUGUAAAUAUGUCUGAAGUAGCCUUGUGAAUAAUGUAUUUAAUUUAAUAUCUGUCCAUUGUUAUUGAUCACUGUGUAUGACAUUGUAAGAAAAAAACAAUGUAUAAAAGAAACUAUAUGCAUACUUCUGUAAUUAUCUAAUGUUAGCAAUGUCUCUUAGGUUUUAAUAUGAUUAUAGCAAUUAAAGUAUUACUACAAUUGGUACCAGAAUUUUUGUGAGUUUAUAAUUUUUUAAUUAUCCUCUAUUAUUAUGCAUCACCUAAAAUUAUUUUCUUGACUUACGUGAAUUCUCUAACAUCAUGAGAGAUUUGUUCUGAAGCUUCUCGCAGAUUGCACAGGUGAACUAAGAGCUAUCAUUUAAGGUGAGACAUAAAGACCUAUUACUUCCAUGUUAAUUUGGCUGUACAUUUGACCAAUUAUGUCAGAAACUAUUCAAUCUGGUAGAGUAAAAUUUUAGAAAUGGCUUGUUGGGAUUGAUUUUAGUAAAUACCCACAGUUUUAAAUCUUUUGUAUGGGUUUUGUAAUUUACAGCAUUUUGAAGCAAGUCUAAAUUUUUAAAUUAUUAUUUCUGUUCUUUUAUGCUGAAAUCCUGAAGCAUGAAUCAUACUGUCUUCAUUUUUGUUCCAUAUAUUCGUUAUUACCUUGUGUACCUUCCCACCAGAGCAAAUGUGUAGUCAUUUUUCAGAAAUCUACAAAGUUAAUCCUAUUAAAUCAGUCACUUUGUCAUAGUAACAAGUAAAAAAACACAUUUGUUACUGAAAUAAUCAUAGAAAACAAAGCUUUUCAGUGCAAGCAACACUAAAGAAUGCACUUUUCUUUGACAUUUACUGAAAACUAAAUCUUCUAGAUGAAUUUAUUGGAAAUCAAAAUGACUGCAAUUUUGAUGCAAAUGUGUAAAUAAAGUAAAAAAAUAAAAAAUAUGUUAAAGG